AAAUUGAUAAAAUAAUUCAGAACAGUUUGAGUGUCUUUUGAUAAUUGUAGAUUUGUGCUAGAAAUCGUGUCGAAUGUGCGGAUUUGAGGCCGAGGUUGGCGGGUUUUGAACGGGCGCCGCUGUCUGGAGGCGCGCCAUGAGCAAAGAGGAUGAUAUUUGGGAUUAUAAAUCUGUUCGCAAACUUAGGCGUCCUGAAAAUAGUGGAAGGGUUGGCAGCCCCCCGCCGGGGAAGUUGCUCAAGCAGCCGAAAGCCGAGCAGGGAAGAAGUGGCAGAGGUGUCGCUGAUGGGCUCCGGUCCAGGAGUAGGAGGGGGGCGAAGUGCCCAGAGCCUGAGCGGGAGUCAGGGACCACAGAUCGGCUCUCCUCCCGGCCUCUCAGCCCCUCCGCAGCAUCUGUACAUCACCCAGCCACUCCCAGCCCAUUGUCACGGCCUGCUGAUCCUUCUACCCCACUUAAGCAGACUGAAAGCAGCAAUGCGCCCGGUGGAAAGUGUAUCCUGACAAACACCAAACCGGCGCACGCUGGCCAUUGCCCAAUCUGUCAAAUGCCCUUCUCUCUGCUGAUGAUAGAAACGCCUCGGUGGCAUGUUGCAGAAUGUUUGGAUACACCAGGUUGCACGGACAAUGAAUGCCCAGAUGGUUUGCUUUGUAACAGUACCAUACCAAGACACUAUAAACGUUACUCCCAUAUGCUACUUGCUGAAAGCAGAGCUUUGAGCCAAAAUGACAGUCAAUCUGCAUUAUGCAAUGGCUUAGAGAAGGAUACCCUGAUUGUUUCCCCUGACUGUAACAAGAAUCAUCAAUCCUCCCAAAAUAGUCAAUUUCUUCAGAUUAAAGAAAGUCCAAUAAGUAAAACCCAAAAUGCAUUACUACUGCUAAAAUCACCUGUUAACAAAGUUACUGGAAACAAAUUCAAACUUAGAAGAGGAACAAAUGAGACACCCUUGUCUAAAAAAGUUUCAAAGAAAAGAGUGUCUGCAUUGUCAACUGAUAACCCUAUCAGAGAAUUGACUUGUUCAGAAUCACAAUUAACAACACAAGUAAAACCUGCAAUCAAUAUGGAUGGAUUGUUUAAUGAGACCACAAUCAAUGAUGUAAUUAAGGACCUGAAGAGUUUCUCAGAACAUAAUUCUACUUUUGCCCUUGCUUCAAAUACCAAUUAUGAUGAUGAUGAUGAUGAUGAUAUCAGUUACUCUCCACUUUGUAGUGAAGAUGAAAUUCCUAAUCAUAAAUCUCAAUCUUUUCCAAGGAAGCAGUUGUUUCAAGAUCAAAGUAUUAAACAUUGUUGUAAAAGUGAAAACAUUAUGUUUUCUGACUUUAGGAGUCAGGAGUUAAGUUGCAAAUCUAGUGCCAUUAAAGACACAGUCAUACCUGGUAUUGAUGCUCUCAGCAUUGGCCCAGACCCUGCCCUAUUGAUUGAUUGUGUCAGUAUUUCAACACAAAAUAGAAAAGAGAGUGAAACGAAAUUACCACACCCAAAAUUGAAAUUGUCAGCAUAUGACUGGAUUCCAUUAAAUAAUAAAGACAAUGAAGAGGUAAAUAAUCAGUCACAAUCUAAUUUAGCUGGUUGUGCAACCUUCAUUAAAUUGGAAUCAGAAGACUCAAAUUCUAGCAGUUUAUUACUUCUCCCUCAAAUUAAAGAGGAACGACAGUCUACUUUGUGUGCUGGUAUGGAAGAACUUUUUGAUAAUCAAGUUAGAAAUGAAUGGGAAGGUAAUUCUAAAAAUAUCAUGGAGACAUCAUUGGUUGGCACUCAGAGCUUUAUUUCUGAGAAAUUGGGAAGCAAUAUACAAAAGGACAAUAAUCCAAAAAAUCAAAUUUUGGAAGUGGUAUCACUAAAUUCAUUGGAAAAAGGUUCUUUAAAUACCCCCAAGAGGACUGCUUUUAAUAAAGAAUUAAAGCAAACUGAUAUUGGAGUUUUCUUUGGACUUCAACCAAAAAUCAAAGAUGAGAAAGAAUGUCUCAAAAAUGAAAUUCAAGGAAAAACGAAAGAAUUAUUUUCGGCACUGUCAUGUAUUACAAAGAGACAACGACAAAGGAAGAGGAAAAUUGAUAGCUCUGUAGGAGAUGAAGCUUGCGUAGGAAAUGUAGAAAAGCUUCAAUUAGACCUUAUUGAAGAACAGCAACGCAAAAUGAAAAGACAAAGGAGAGAAAUGAGUUCAUACAGCAAAAAUAAGCAGUGUCCUUUUUACAAGAAAAUCCCAGGAACUAAUUUCACAGUGGAUGCCUUCCAAUAUGGUGUUAUUGAGGGUUGCACUGGCUACUUUCUUACUCAUUUUCAUUCAGAUCAUUAUGGAGGUCUUAGCAAGAAUUUCAGAUGCCCCAUUUACUGCAGCACAAUAACACGCAAUUUGGUGAUAUCGAAACUUAAAGUACAGGAUCAGCAUGUGAUAAGUCUUCCCAUGAACACCGAAUGUAUUGUGGAAGGAGUUAAGGUCGUGCUUUUGGAUGCAAAUCACUGUCCAGGUGCUGUUAUGCUGCUAUUCCAGCUUCCUAAUGGCAAUACGCUUUUGCAUACUGGUGAUUUUCGAGCUAAUGCCUCUAUGGAACGUUACUCUCAUCUUAAGGGUCGAAAAGUUCAUAUUCUUUAUCUAGAUACCACAUAUUGCAGUCCAGAAUAUACCUUUCCUUCCCAGCAAGAAACCAUUCAGUUUGUGGGAAAUAUUGCCUUUGAAAGUGUAACAAUGAACCCUAGGACAUUAGUUGUCUGUGGUACAUACUCAAUUGGAAAAGAGAAGGUUUUCCUUGCCAUAGCGGAGGUGCUCGGAUGUAAAGUCUGUACUACUAAAAAUAAGCUUGAUAUUCUUCGAUGCUUGGGUUGGGAACAGAUAAAUUCUGUUAUCACUCUGGACUGGGCAAGUUCUCAACUUCACUUAUUGCCAAUGAUGCAGAUUACUUUUAAGGGCUUACAAGCUCACAUGAAUAAAUUUCCUGGAAAAUAUGACCGAGUUGUAGCAUUCAAGCCAACUGGAUGGACUUACUCAAGCCAAAGUGGCACAGGUCUUGACAUCAAACCUAGGGUCCAAGGAAAGAUUGCUAUAUAUGGGGUGCCUUACAGUGAACACAGCAGCUACCUUGAGAUGAAGAGAUUUGUACAGUGGCUUAAACCAAAUAAAAUUAUUCCUACAGUCAAUAAUGGAAGUUGGGCUGAAAGAAAAAUGAUGGACAAAAUAUUUAAGGAAUGGAUGACUGAACCUGUGCAGUAGAAUAUCUGAAAUUUAAGUUUUGUGAAGAUGUUAAUGAUUUAUUCUACUUUGAAUUCACCAAAAGAUGUUUUAGAAUUAUUGAAUGUAUUUUGAGUUUUAAGAAUGUAAAGGUAAUGUAAUUGUAAUACCUUAGUAUUUAAAGCUGUACAGAUUAUUUGGGAUAAAUCACUGAAUGAUCUGCCACAGAUGAGUACAGUACAUUAAUAUAAUAAACUUUUUCUGUAUUUUAAAAAGUACUUGUACCUGAAUUAUGAAAGCAUAGCAGGAUUAGUAAUAGAGAUAUUAAGGUAUGGUAAAGGUAUUCUUCUUAACUUAAGAUUUGAUAAAUGUUCUGCAAAAUGUCACAUCUCUUUAUUUCAACUAUUUAUUUUGAUUUAUACUGGAAUAAUGGCCAUAUUAACUUUUUUUAGGAAAAGAAAUACAUGCAAACAUGUACAUUCUAUUCAUUUCUCACUAAUAAAG